GCCUCUUUCCUGGCUAGUCACCGGCCCAAGAAUCCUUGUGUGUGUGUCGCCUCCGCAGAGAGGUGCUUCUCCCGAGUCCUGAGGGGCCAUCCAGCCUCCAAGAACUGGGGGGCAGCAUCCCAGCCAUGAGCCCCUGCGGGUCUCUGCUGGGGGGCAGGGGGCCUGGAGCGCUCACACCUCUCCGGCCCCUCCAGAGGGAGAGGUGAGCCGGGCAGCCAGCCCACAGCCAGCGGUGCCGGAGCCCCGGGCCUGUCAUGGUGGCCGACUGCCGGCUAGAGGCCCUGCCAGACAGGUUUGCAGCUGAGCUUGUGUAUCUGAUGUGGGAAGAAGAUGGGGAGUUACUUGUCCGUCCAGGCUUACUUCACCUCCAGAGACCCCUUCCGAUGUUCUGAAUGCCAGGAUUCCCUCACCAACUGGUACUACGAGAAGGAUGGGAAGCUUUACUGCCACAAGGACUACUGGGGGAAGUUUGGGGAGUUCUGCCAUGGAUGCUCUCUGCUGAUGACGGGGCCUGUCAUGGUAGCCGGGGAGUUCAAGUACCACCCAGAGUGCUUUGCCUGUAUGAGCUGCAAGGUGAUCAUUGAGGAUGGGGAUGCAUACGCCCUGGUGCAGCACGCCACCCUCUACUGUGGGAAGUGCCACAACGAGGUGGUGCUGGCACCCAUGUUUGAGAGGCUCUCCACAGAGUCUGUCCAGGACCAGCUGCCCUAUUCCGUCACACACAUCUCCAUGCCGGCCACCACCGAGGGCAGGCGGGGCUUCUCUGUGUCCGUGGAGAGUGCCUGCUCCAACUACGCCACCACCGUGCAAGUAAAAGAGGUCAACCGGAUGCACAUCAGUCCCAACAACCGCAAUGCCAUCCACCCUGGGGACCGCAUCCUGGAGAUCAAUGGGACCCCCGUCCGCACACUCCGAGUGGAAGAGGUAGAAGAUGCAAUUAGCCAGACGAGCCAGACGCUUCAGCUCUUGAUUGAACAUGACCCCGUCUCCCAGCGCCUGGACCAGCUGCGGCUGGAUGCACGGCUCUCUCCCCACAUGAAGAAUGCCAGACACUCGGACACCCUCAGCCCCCUGGACACCAAGGAGAAUCUGGAAGGGACACUGAGGAGACGCUCCCUGAGGCGCAGUAACAGCAUCUCCAAGUCCCCUGGCCCCAGCUCCCCAAAGGAGCCCCUCCUGCUCAGCCGUGACAUCAGCCGCUCAGAAUCCCUCCGCUGUUCCAGCAGCUACUCGCAGCAGAUCUUCCGGCCGUGUGACCUGAUCCACGGGGAGGUCCUGGGAAAGGGCUUCUUUGGGCAGGCAAUCAAGGUGACACACAAAGCCACUGGCAAAGUGAUGGUCAUGAAGGAGUUGAUUCGGUGUGACGAGGAGACACAGAAGACUUUUCUGACUGAGGUGAAGGUGAUGCGCAGCCUGGACCACCCCAACGUGCUCAAGUUCAUCGGUGUGCUGUACAAGGACAAGAAGCUGAACCUGCUGACGGAGUACAUCGAGGGGGGCACGCUGAAGGACUUUCUGCGCGGCGUGGACCCGUUCCCCUGGCAGCAGAAGGUCAGCUUUGCCAAAGGCAUCGCCUCUGGAAUGGCCUAUUUGCAUUCCAUGUGUAUCAUCCACCGGGAUCUGAACUCGCACAACUGCCUCAUCAAGCUGGACAAGACCGUGGUGGUGGCUGACUUUGGGCUGUCACGGCUCAUAGUCGAGGAGAGGAAGAAGCCCCCAGUGGAGAAGGCCACCACCAAGAAGCGUACCUUGCGCAAGAGUGACCGCAAGAAACGCUACACGGUGGUGGGAAACCCCUACUGGAUGGCCCCUGAGAUGCUGAAUGGAAAGAGCUACGACGAGACCGUGGAUGUCUUCUCUUUUGGGAUCGUCCUCUGUGAGAUCAUCGGGCAGGUGUAUGCAGAUCCUGAUUGCCUGCCCCGAACACUGGACUUCGGCCUCAACGUGAAGCUCUUCUGGGAGAAGUUUGUCCCCACGGACUGCCCCCCAGCCUUCUUCCCCCUGGCCGCCAUCUGCUGUAGACUGGAGCCCGAGAGCAGACCAGCAUUCUCCAAACUGGAGGACUCCUUUGAGGCCCUCUCCCUGUACCUUGGGGACCUGGGCAUCCCGCUGCCUGCAGAGCUGGAGGAGCUGGACCACACUGUGACCGUGCAAUAUGGCCUGACCCGGGACUCGCCCCCCUAGCCCCGGCCCAGCCCCCUGCGGGGGGGCGUUCCACAGCCAGCACUGCCCCCUCUGCGCCCCAUCCCUGCUGUGGGCAGGGCCUUCCGUGCUUCCUGUGGAUUGGCAGCUUGUUUAGAAGCAGAACCGGCCGUCCCUACUACCUCCCCAGGAGGCGAGCGUGUGCAGCACCGGGGAAGCCACCUCCACAGGCUCUGGGGCCUGGUUACUGUCUGUAAAUCCAACACUCGCCUGAAAGCUGUGAAGAAGAAAACAAACUAACAAACAAAAAAAAAGCCUGGUCCCCGUGCCAGGAGGAAUCUGUUACUCAUGACCACGCGGGAACUCCCUGGCAGUGGAUUCCGGGAGGCUCUUGCUUACACUAAUCAUUGUGACCUGGACCUGCUGGGCAGGAUCCCAGGUGCACCUGCCUGUGGGCUCUGAAGCCUCUGGUCCAGCUGGUGCAGAAGGACUUCUCAUGGGAGCGUGACGGAGUGAGCGGCCAUCCAAGGAUGUGAAGUGACAGUGGUGCUACCCCCUUCCGCGCCACAUCCCGCCCUCCCCUGGGCAGGGUCAAGGGAGUAGGUUUUGAAGGGUCCCUUAGUCGGUUUGUAGUGGGUCCGGCCAGGAGUCAGGGGAAAGGCUGGUUUCUGUUCACCUCCUGGGCCCAGGGGCCACAUCAGCUUGAGGGGGAGCUUCCCCCCGUGUUCUCAAACUGAGCUGCUGGAGACUGGCUGGGAACUUCCUUUCUGCCUCCCACAAGCAGUCAGCCACAAGUGCAGGAAGAGGCUGGGGCUGGAAGGAAAGAGGCCCUGCCCACUAGAAAGCUCUAGUAUCCUGGCUGCUGUCACUCACACGCUGGUGGGCACCUCAGGAGCCUGGGAUUUUGCUAGGUGGGUUCUGGAGGACAGUGUGGCUGGUCGCAGGCCCAGAGUAUGGGGCGGGGUGCUGGGAAUCUCAGCAGUCUCCCGGCCCUGUCCUUGUGGCAGCCGAUGCUCACCCCUCACUGUGCCUGAUCCAGGCAGCAGCUUGGGUGGCAAGAGGUGGUGGCAGAGUCCCAGAGCGGAGGUGCUGGGGGGGACAUCUCCCCGAGCCGGGCUCUCUGGCUUCUACCUCCUAUGUUGGCUGGCCCAGCCCAUGAGCUCCUGGCCCCAACCUCCUGAGCCACAGCUCACAGCUGUGGGUGCUGAAAAGCCCAGGGGACACCCUCUAUCCUGGCUUCCAGAGCUGGGGUGGGGGUCUUGAACACAGGUAGAUUUGCCUCCCCGUAAGUGUGACCUUGCCCCAUAUUUAACAGAUUAGGAGUGGGUUUGGGAUCUUACUGCAAUGGUGGUUAUAUUGGGGGUGGGGGGAGGAGGCGGGUGGGAGUGAUGAAGGAGAACGGUUGCUGUUCAGACUAUCUUGUUAUAUCUGUGGGGUGUUAUGUGAAAUGCUGUACAUAGACCUGAUGAGUUGUGGGACUAGAUGUCACCUCUGGCCAGAGUUUCCUUGCUGUCUAGACCAUACUUAAGUGUGGAGUGUGCAGGUUCGCUGUAGGGUUGAGCCCUGGGCUCCCGGCAGCAGGAAGGCCAGCAUUGUUUGGCUGGUGGUGCCUCAGUGGUCCCCACAAGUGUGUGGGGGGGUGGGCCCAAGUGGGGCCAUCGAGCAGACCAAAUAAAUUAAGGAGUUAACAUAACCGA